AUGGCUCCCCACGCUGGGUUGUAUAUAUGGCCUGGGCUGAGUGCGGCUCAUAAUUCAACGCUGCCGUUUGGCACUUUUCAUCCUCCGUAUGCUGGCUCUGGGUUCUGGCUAAAUGACAGUGGAAGCCACAGUGGUGCUUCCACCAUUGCUUUACGACUGGCAGAGACCCUGAGGCACCAUGACCAGAGCGCUAAGUGCGAACACGGCUGCCAAUCACUUGAUAUUAAUCUCUCUAUGAUCAGGAGAGACAGCCGACAAGAGAAGGGGAACCUGCGGAGGGGAGGAGCAGGGAAGUGGACCCAGCUGGUGCAUGGCUGACAGAAAUUAGCUGCGUGUCCGCUGAGAUGCUACACACUCACCUGCGCACACAAACACACACAGAGCCACCUACGCAGAGACAGUGAAGGUCAACGGUCGAUAGCCAUUUCUCUAACCCACCUCUUGAUACGGCAAGACCAUUUUUCAGCAGAUCAUGGUAGAUUGCUCGGAGCGCUGCAUAUGAAAUUAUGAUUUGCUUGAAAAUUCUGUAAGAAGUUCAGAGUAAAUAAAUAUGGGGCCAAGUAGGGAGAUCAAAGGUGAAGUCUGCGAAGAGAUGGUGAACCCUUCGGGCUCUUAGUGUUUACACCGCUGCGCUGGAAUAAUGUGAUGUUCUUAUACAGUUAUGUUAAUGACUCAACCAAGCACUGCUUCACUUUACCGCAUAGUGUCCUCAUUCACUUUGAACUCACCCUGCAGUUCAGGACACUAUAUUUACCUUCUGACCUUCUACAUGCAUGCUACAUAAAAUUACUCUGAAACGGCAGCAAGAAGAAACUUGUCUUGAGAUCUCAGUUUCUUGCAAAAAUAUUACUGUCUUAAAUCUGAGAGAAAGAGACAAGUAAAAGGUUUAAUUUAUGAGAUACAAAAAUGCAGCCUUUCUUAAUUCUAUGUAUAAACAGUAUAUAUGACUUUUAGCCUUGGUACAAUUAAAAAAAGAUGAGUUAGUAGAAGAUUCACCCCCUGUGCAGCUUUUACAAAUAAAGAAACCAUGAGAGUUCUUGGCAACAUGAAAUAGACAUUUCAUUAUGGGCUUUAAGGGGGGUCUUUUGGGGCCAGCCUGUAGUGGACACUCAGGAUACACUUCUACAUUAGCUUCAUUUUUCAUCACCCGAGGUUGCUGCUUGGUUGCUAUGAGCUACACUGUUUGGUAUGAUCUCUGGCGAAGUCAGCAAACCAAAAUACUGCAGUAAAGCCAAGUGCUGAUCACUACUGUGAUCUCUUAACCUCGAGUUCAGUACGAGUCUGGAGUCCCUGGUGUUCAAGUCCAAGUUCAGACUGAGUCCCCAGAGAAAAAUCUGAGUUAAGCACUCUUUACUUGAACCUGAGUCAAGGCUCUAUUAUGUGAGACAGUCCAAGUUGAAGUCAUCAGUGGUGGAGUUCAAGUUGAGCGGUUAGUCCUUCAAACUAUGAAGUACUACAACAACUGCUGAGUCAUUUUUGCUUUGUCUUUUUGUACUUGUUCUACAUAAAACCCGAACCAUUAAAUCACAUGUUUGUGUCCAUUUGACAAACAGAGUACUCGUGAAACCACACACAAAAAAACAGGUAUUGAAACCACUGUAUAAGGGAUUUGCUUCACCGAAUCUUUCUGUUGUAGUCAGAAGCUCUGGAAGCAGCUAAAAGAGGACACAUGGGAACAAAGGAUACAGGUUAGACUAUAUUUUGGCUAAAUUUGAAUAUUACCUCUUUAAACAGAGAUGUGAGUAAAAGCUAAGAAUGUACUCUUAAAACUUCGGUCAUCAGUCUGGGUCUGCAGUGACAGAGAAGAAUCACUCAACUGCUCUGUAAGUUGUUGCCAUUGUGGCCACUGCUCUUCUUCACUUAAGCCCAGAUUUGCUUUGGUCAAGCUUGUUUCUAAUUCUUAUCUGUUCUUUUCCACUUCUACUCUCCUAUCAGAAAACCACAAAGACUGGUUUACCUCUCACAUAAAUACAUCACUUGUUGCACCUGAAACACUGUCAAUGUUUUUAGCCAUAAACAGGACACGACCUAGCUGCAGACACGCUUGUCUGCUGCUAGGUAGCUUGCAAAGCAGCUCUGCAUGUGCACAGUUAAGCCUCAGUUGGGCACCUGCUCAGUCAAAAGGUCACCUCUUUGAUCUCAGAUGUUAUCCUACACUCUCAAAUAUUAUGUCUAUGAUUUUGCUAGCUUGAGACUUGUUCUUUGUGCUGUUUUUUUUCUCCAUCAAUAGUAUCAGGAGUGCUAAAUGUUUACUAUUUGCUCAUGAAGAUGCUCUAUGCAUGCAAUGUUCUUCUGUGGUGUUUCAACAUUACAGACUGAUUAUGUAUUAUUGGCCACUGACUGGGGUCAUUGUUUGGAUAGAGAAGUACUCAAAAACACUGCUGGUCUGGACAGGAUUUUUUUGACCACGCAAAGGGAAAUAAUCAUUUUAAAAAAACAUCAGCAAGUGAACAUAGCCUUAGCUCUAAGUUUACUCCAGAAACAGCUGUACAAUAACACUGUGUAUCAUACAGGUUUGUGUGUAAAUAUAGACUAACACCUCUCAAAGGUAUUUAGUAAAGGUUAGACAUAACUGAAGUGUCCCUGGUUGCAUUAUAGACUCUGCAGAUCCCCUGCUCUACACGCUGUAAUAGUACUCCAGUUUCCUCUGUAGUCAUAUUUUGAGGUAUGAUCAAACUGCACCUGACCCUAACAUUAUCUUCUGGCUUUCACAACAGAAUAAGUUGGGUGAGUGAUUUAAUCAUUAAAACUUGUUUUCAUUGUGGGAAAGGUCGAACCAUUUAUUAAUGUUUCUCCUUUCUUUCUUUCAGGAUAACAUUAUUCUAGCAUAAAUAGAGCCAUUCAGUCACAUCUUAAUUAUUUUCUUGUCUGGAUAGUGGGCGCACUUGUGAAAGCUCCGGCUCAUAACAGGCGGCUUUUAAGUGUUUUCAGUUUAACCUUAGGUAGGUGUAAGUUAAUGAGGAAUAUGCACACUGGAAAGCAUGAAUUAGCCGGUUGCACUUGGCUUUGAACUCUUCCAUAUUUUUCUUACUCAGUUCACUGCAGAGUUUAUUUCCUCAUUUCCUCCUGUUUCCUCUUGUAUGUAGUUCCUGUACCUUUGGUUUAGUUUCAAUUAACUUUUAAAAACUUUUAAUCAUCCUUGUCAUAUAUACGUUCUUGAUAUUAUAUGUGUGUUUGGAAAAUAUUAAGGUAGCACCUCUCUGAGUUAAAAAGGUCAAAUUUUAAUAAAACUAAAUAGGGAGAGUGGGGUAAGUUGACAUUGAAAAAAGAAAACAAAUGCUUUUAAAGAGCAAAUACAUGAGGGGACUGUUGACAUCAGGUUUAAAAGGUCAAAAUAUGACUUAAAAAUUUAAAUUGGAAUCUAAACUAUAAAAAGUCUAAAUACUGAGUUGAACAAAAUCAAAUCAUGAAAUAAAAAAAAUCCAAUCAUAUUUGACUUGUAAUCUUGAAAUACAAAAUUGAAAACAUGAAAUAUAACACCAAAUAUUUUUCCCCCACAUUCUUGACUAUUUAUCAAAUCUUCCUUACUCUUUAAUUUCCCAGAUUUUCGUGGUUUAUUAAGGACAUUUUAAAUAGUAGUGCUAAAGUUUACAUUAAUAUAGUGGAGGAAAUCUGCAGACUUCAUACUGGUGGGCCAAUAAUAAUACAAAUAUGAUAUGAUCUUGUGGGCCAGAUAUAAUUGUUCCACAGGCCAGAUUUGACACUUGUGAAGUACAAUAUGAGGUCAAAUACCUAGUAUAAAAGUCCACCGUUUUAGCUUAGAGGACUAAUAAAGUCAUAAUAGUAGUAGUUGAGCCAGUGGCUUAACUGAGAAAGUAAAGGAGUCUGAUGAGAGGAUCAGAGUUUCAGUUCAUAUUGUUGAAAUGUUUUUACUUUUUCUUUUCAAAAAUACAGCUGUGAAUGUUCUGAAUCACUUAGACAUUCUCAUGUUAAAAUGACUUUUUAUAAAACAGCUUUUUAACAGUUCUAUGCAAUAAUAAUAAAAAGAAUUAUUGUACCAGUUGAAUAGCGUAUAAUAGAUUAAAACACACAUGACUGUGAAGAAGUGAGUGUUAUUUAGGGAGAGAGAAGGUGAGGGAGGGCUGGGGUGGUGAUACAUACACAGGUUGAGUUGACCAUAGGAGACCACUUUUUUUUGGCAUGCUACAUUAUCAAGACAGUUAUGUUUACACUCAUUCUGUUGGUUUGCAGGGAUGCACAACAUCUUGAAAUAUAUGUAGAUACACUAGUUAGAGACAAAACUAUGAUUAACUUCAUGUAGUGAUCUGAAAUAUGAAAAAUGUCUCAUCUUACCCCACUCUCCCCUAUAAACUAGACUCUACGGAAUGAUGUUUUUCUGGUAAAGUUUGCUCUUUUUACAACAUGACCAAAUAAAGACAAAGUUUAGGGGUAUGACUUCAUCUGUAGAGGGUGUUUGGUUCAAAAUUAGGAGCUGCUGAGUUAAUCUCUCGCCUCUUUGUUCUCCUGGGAGUGAGUCAUAUGACAUCUCAGACACUAUCUGGCGGAAAGAAACGUCAGUGCUGUCUUCUGGACUUUACGCUGUUGGCGCAGACAGGCGGUGUGCGCAUGUCAGAAUCCUGCGUAAGAUCCGCAUGAGCCGUUGGUGAAUAUCUAGUCUCGUGCGCUGACGUAAACCAGACGGCCGUUUUUUUCUUUUUUUCAAUUUUUGGUACCGAGCGGAGAGGAGAUGCACACGGCACUCGAGUGAGGUAACUAUAUAAAAAACCCAUUUGUUAUCAUUCACUCCCACAACAUGGACCCGGGCAGUGUUUCCCCACGUCGUGUAGAUGUUAUAUACCACGGCUGUGGACAUUUGUGGCGUUAUAUUAGACAGCGUACGCAGCCGUUGCUCUUUAUAGGCUGUGAGCUAAUUUCCUGUGAAUCGUCUGCUAGCUCGUGGUAGCAGGUUGAAGCGUUACCUUCCGUUUCAGCGCUAGCGUUAGCAUUAGCUUCGUGUGGAAGGAGCGACUUAAAGGACAAAACGAGGCUGGUUUGGUUAGGAGCAUGUAUCUCUAGGUGCUUCUGAGUUAUUGUGGCUUUUAAUACACGGUGUUGGUUGAUGUGUUUGCUGGUUAGAAGAGACGUUUGAGUGACGGGGGAUAGUGUCGGAGGCUGCUUUAUGCACACCACGUGCGGUUUUAAGCUUCUCUUGGUUGAUCAGACUGAUGGGCGGUAUCUGUGCUCUGCCUCAGUAACAGCAUGGCUUUACUAGUAUUAAAGAAAAGGGGGAGAAUUGGAGUGGAUAUCUGAAAUUACAUUGCACUUUUCACCAAUGGUAUCUUAUAUUGCGGAGUGAGGGAUUUUACAUUAAGGUUGCAUGUCCCCGAAUUAAGAGUGAAUUCACACUACUGCGGUAUUUUUGUGAUUUCAGUGUUAAAAAGCACGAUGAAAAGCUGGUCCCAGCCGCUGAUGUGAGAGCUUUGAGCAUAUCUAAUAGCAUUUACACGCAUCUAUGAACACAGCUGCCAUAACUACAUAACACUGUUCAUAUCAACACAAAUGUAGGAAAAGAAAUCUUGCAUUUAUUUGAUUUCAAACUGACAUAUCAUGCAUAAAAACACAUGAAUCUGGGUUUUAACUUUGGCAUUGCAAUAUUAAAAUGUCUUAACUGGGUUAUUUUAGUCUUGAUUUAACACAUACCAUCUUUGAAGAUACCAUAACAUGAAUAUUACAGCUUUGCACGAGUUUGUUUCAUCAGAAAUUGGAGGAAUUGCAUAUCUAACUAUGCAAAUCAUUAAGUACUCCUAUAUGAAGAUAAACUGGCCAUCAUGUAGUGCAUAGUUGCGAUCUAUCUAUCUAUAUAAAUAUGUAAAUAUAAAUAUAUAUAUCAACGUGAAAGGUAAUGUUCAAGCUUAUACACGGUCUAUAUAGCGAGUAGCAUUAGUAGCAUUAUUAUCAAUGCGGCACUAAUGAUUUUUACUCGCUCUGUGUGAGCACAACAACACACGAUUUUUUUGUUCGUUGACGACUUGUUUUGAGUCGUCAACAAGCGCGAAUGUAACAAACAUAAAUGUAAUAGUGUCGCUCCUGGAGUCAAAUGCAUCAUAUACAUAAAUAUAUAUUUAUCUAUCUACCUAUCUAUCUAUCUAUAUGUAUAUGGAUAGCAAGGUGUGACACUAACUUUUUUCACAAGGGGCACAUGUGCUCCUAAGUUGAAAAGGUAAGGAGCACACAAAGAACUUAAGGGGCACAAUGAAAAUUGAUCAAAUAAUGUUUGUCCUAUUGGUUGAUCAUAAGUAUUAUUAUUUAAAAUCAAUUUUAGGUCAGUUGGUCACAUGACAUGGAAGUUAUAUCAACCAGUAAUUUAUUGAUGGUCCCUUAUUCAACACCCAACGUUGACAGCGAGGAUGCCGAGUAGAUUUAACCGCGCUGUUGUUGCUAUUCGCGGUUAUGGAGAGUGAGAAGACAGCGGUAGAUCUGCAGUGAAUGUUCAUCGGAUAUCCAACCUAAAACAAACUUCCCUGCAGUAUUGACAUGAAAGUCAUUUUUUGCCUCAACAAAAUUUUUUUUUAUGAGCACAUGUGCCCCUAAAAACAUUUUACAAUUUGCACACAUCUAUUUUUAGUCGCAAAUGCGGGUGAAAUAGUCGCACUGUCGAUCCCUGUAUAUAUAUACAUACAUACAUACACACACUCUUUAUUGUAUAUAUGCCCCUUUUGUGCUGUUUCACCUUCAUUGAAAUUCGCCUUUAGUGUAGCACUCUGCUGCAUUACAGUUUACCUAAAAAAGGGCCUUUACCUCACUAAAUUAGUGAUUCUCACCCUUGGGAUCAUGAUCUCGAUGAGGGAUGUGAAAGAUAAUGUCUUCUUGCAUCAUUGUUUUCACAUACAGCAACAUGAGGGUGGAGCCACAAAUAUCUAAGCCAUUAUGUUAUGGGUUGCAACCAGGGAGUUGUAAAGGUUGAGAGUCAUUGAAUUAAAUCACUCACAAGUCACCUUUCGUGAACUUUGAGGUGUGAAUGGCUCUUUAAUUUUUCCAUCUGGCCUAUAUUUGCACGAGUGGUAUAAAAAUUGUGGAUGAAUAAGUCGAUCCAAGUGUACAUUAAUUUGGCCGCUGUAUUUUCCCUGGGGUAAGCAAGGUUAUGGAUCGCAAGCUUUCUCGGUACAAAGCCUUAUCUUUGAACGCCCAUGAAAAUUUGCACGCAAGCUUGUCAUAUGUACAAUCUUUUUCACAUGAUGAGCUUUACAUUUUUAAUGUUGGCAUGUGAUAAAGCUACAGAAAUGACAUUUGCAGUGUGAUGUCGAGCCACCUGACCUAGUAUUACAAUCAUUUCUCCUCUCACAUGCUUUCAGAUUAAUUGCUGAGGUUAAAGGGGGCAGGGAAGAAAUAUAAGCUCUCUAUGAUACAACCCAAUUGGCUCGGAAAUAUUAAAUAGUCCAAAACACAGUUGUUAUGACUUCCUAAGAAGUAACAAGCACAGCUGGUAAAAUGACUUUAUGUGUCAUAAUAGAGAGGAAUCCGUCUCUUGGUGUCAAGCUGCAAAACUAGAUCAUAUUUACAUUUCUGCUUUAUGAUUACAACACACAGCUGAGACCUAUAGCUUAGGGAGAAUCUGCAGAGACUAUUGUGUCAUUGUGCGAGCUUAGUUGCCUGCAGUGCUUUAGGAGUCGGUACCAUUUCUUUGUGAUGCGGUAAACAUGAGCCCCUGAAAAUGUGUCUUUUGUAUUGAUGAAAACAGCCUCCGAUGAUCAUAAGGUUCAUAUCUCAAGAAGUGCUGUUGUAGAAUUGAGCUGCAGGCCAGUGUUGAAGAAUCAGUGCUUAUCGAACCCUUACAGACAGGGACUCUUUAUAUUUAUGUGUUAUAUGUGUUGUUAUGAACUUAGUUUACAUCCACAAAAUAUGUGGAGGAGUGUUGUUAUAAUUAUGUUGUUGUUCCUGUUUGGGCAAAGCAGGCUCACUGUAUAUAGAUAUGUAACCUGAGCUUGUUAAUGAUAAAGUUUUUAAAGGUUUGCUUCCUUAGUUUUUGGUUCGGCACUUUGAGAAAGUGCAGACACACAAAAACACAGGGUAGAAGUGGUCAUGUGGUAGCUUUGAGAUUAAAGGAAAUUAUACAGUUUAAAUUUCCUUGAGCUUUUUGUUUUCUCGGGCUUGUUAACAAAAAAGCUUUGAUUGACCGUUUAAAUGAACGCUGAAAUUAAUCCUAGAACAAAAGAAAAAACCUCCCUACUCACCUCUGUGAUAAAACAUCAGCUAAUUUAGUUUGACCGUGUGUCGGAUGAUCAAAGUCUUGAUUUCGUGAUAACAUGCCCCUUGUUUAAUACUACACAAGAUUUUCUGUCCUGCUACAUAGCUGAUAAAAAAUGUCCAGUGGUAUUUCUCCACUUCUCGUAAGGCUGUGAAUCAAUGCAACUUUAACAUGAUUGCAUAAUGAAGAUGUUGUGAAAGGAAACAUGAUUACAUUUCAUGUUAAUUGAACACUCAUUCAAAUUAAGCAAUCUUAUUUCUGAUUUUUUAGCAUUUUUGAUAUCGGCCUUCUGAAAACAGCCAUGAAAAACCUUUAAAUCAGUCCACCACAGUUAAAAGAUUACAAACAAUCUUAUUUUCUCACAUUUUGCACGCCUAACAGCUCUUCACAUCUCACUCCUAAUUCAAAUCUCCCCUUAUUAGCUGAUUUUUUUAAUAUAUUUGACAUACUAUUUGGAUAAAGCACUUAAAGCAUGGACUAGAACCCCCCUAAGUCUCAAAACUGCCUGCAGUUCUUGUCAAAUGUAAUAAAACGAAGUGAUGGAAAGUGUGUAGAAAGCACCUGUGAGCCCAAGUGUGUUGAGACCUCAUUAAAUAUUUCAUUAACUACAUCUAUUCCUGCGCUAAACGCUGCCUUUGCAUACAUUUGUCUCUUGGUUGCCUGCCAGUGCCCUUGGGGGCCAACAGGUAGUACAACUGUAAGAAAUGAGUCCCUUCGCCUCUCUGUGAAAAAGCCAAAGCAUUUAUCAGCAUGGGAGUUUGCUAAAAAGCUCGUAAAGAAAACAUGUUAUUAGCCAUCUUGAUUACUUACAGUAUCCGACCUAAGUGAAGGUUACUGUCGCUGCCAGCUGCAGGCUCCUAAUAAGGAUUUGGUAAACAUGGGCCUACCUGGUCUGUUUGCUUUAACUGCUCACAGUGUCCACAAUCUUGUGCACAUGUAACACUAUUCCCACGCUGCUUGUUUUUAUGAUACAGUCUUUGAUGCACACAGAGCAGUCUGAAACGUGCUUUUUAAUCAUUGUAGGACUCAAUAGGCACCUCUUUAAUUCCCUUUUGACUGAUAGUAUUAAAAUCUAGAGCUGUCUUAAUUAGGAAAAUGUAUAAACUAGAGGUUAGUCAUGGUUUGAGCCUUAACAGAAGACACACCUCUUAACUGUCUGUGAGGAUAACCAGCUGGACAAGAUGUUGCAGUCAGUCCAGUAUAGCACAAACAUCGGGUAGUUUAUCCUUUUAUGGUGUCUGUUAAUCUGUCAGGAGUACUUUUUAAAGGCCCUCAUCAAACAAGUUGUCAUUCACUCAAAAGGCAAAAUGCUCGACCGUUUUACGCUUGCAUAGCUAAAUUGUGCAUCAGGGUUCAUGUUCGCCUAUGUUUACCUGUUUUUGAUUUAUUUACAUGCAGACAUCAUGCAGCUAAAGAAAUCUUUGGUCUAAAUUAGGGCCCGACCGAUUUAUUGAAGAGUUGAUUAAAUCGGCCAGUUUUAGCCUGUUUGAGAGUUGAGACAAAUCGGUAAUCAGCCAGAACGACGAUUUUUGUUGAUAUUUUCAGAAAUAAAAUUCAGAGACUAAGAUUCGGUUUCACUUCGAAAAUGUUCUGCCAUUUGAAAAGUUCCCCGACUUAUCUUAUAGAUGGCGCAGUGAUCUCAUGACAAUCUUCAUCCACUAACUACCUCACAGCACAGAAGAGUGACGGAUCUGAAGCAGGCAGCUAAGGGACGCACGGAGGAGAGUGGUCCGCCUCAACGGUAAAUAAACUAGUUUGUGAAAUACACAAUAAGUCAACAAGUUUCAGUUCAACCCACUUCAUGAUGUUCCCGGUGAAGCACCAUGUAAUACGCAAGCUAAAGUUAGAGUUAGCCAUCUGCUAUUAGCCUUGCUACACUGUAAGCAGUGCCAGUAACGGUAGAAUAAACAACAGUACACAUUACGUGAUCGAGCUACUUCUCUUAAUGAUGCAGCUGCAUGUCUCCAGAUGAGACCGGAAAUGAGUAACGUGGGUUAAGACAUGGAGGCACCGAUCAGUGGCGAACACGCUUUUCUGGUCCGAGUUUGAUCAGUCGGUCCUUCUGUUGGCGUGAAAAGCAGUAGCCUACAGUAGAUCUACAGUAUACACAUAUUUUUUAUAAUUCAUAAAAAAUGUUUAAGUUUGGCCGAUUAAUUGGUAAUCAGGUUUUUUUCCCCCCUAAUAAUCGGCAUCUGCCCCCAAAAAUCCAUAUUGGUCGGGCCCUAGCCUAAAUGUCUGUGUGGGAAAAAUUGCCAAUAUGUGAUAACCAUAUUGGUCCAAAUACAAGACUAAUUUCUAUUGAAAUACCACAGACCACAUUAAGUGAUCAGUAUAAUGCCAAAGACAAAAUAUCAGGAUCUGAUUAGGAAAGACGAUCAAAAGGCGACUCUCUACCGGCGGUAACAGGGGGGCUAACGAUCAGCUGGAGCGUAAUAUGGGUGAUUAAUUCACAAAAUGCCAACACAGCAUUGCACCGCAGUCUCCCUUCAAGUUGAACAGGAUGAAGUCUAUUGAAACCUUCACCCAACAAGUUGCACUUUGGCCACCAUUUCAUAGGCUAUGCUGUUCUUACAAAUAUCACCUCCUAUCCCUGACUCACACACACACAUGCACAUGCACACACUCCCUCACACACUCACAUGAAUCGACGGUCAGGUGGUAGGUCCUGUACUCAGCUCCCUGAAUGCUCAAACAUGCAGACACACACGUGCCUCCCCUCCUUCCUGUAUAAAUUAGUUAAGUCAGUGGACUCAUUAGCCUCCAAACAUUCAACCUGUUACCCAUGUGUCAGUGCUGUUAGUGACGGCGUGAACAUUUUCUGUUAGUAUGGUUUGAAGUCCGGCCCGUUCAGGGAUAUUUGUCACUAAAGGUAAGCAUCACUCUGUUUUGCCAAGGUGUUUUUCUAUGACUUGUGCACGCCGUACUCCUCGGAUGAUUGUUCUGUUUACGUGUCGUGUGUGUGUGGAGUCUCGCCUCGCGGUCUUUUGCUCUUUUACACUUUGAUGAACAUGUUUCCAGGCCACAGAGCAUCAGUCACACACCUGCGUCUGACCACUCUGGCUGCAGUGCAGUGCAGCUCCUUGUUUCAGGACUAAAUUUGGCUUUUUAAAUGACUCAGUGCCCCCAACUUACAAAACUUUAACUGAAUGCGGUGUUGGUUUUUUGGACUUAGUGUUGAAAAAAGUCGGGGUUAACUCAGCCUGCUCGCUUCUGUCCUCAUGUCGGCUGUGUAUUCACUGAAGAGCUUGUCUGUACUGUUUACUUCAUAGACUUGUUUUGGAAAUAGAGUCUGCUGAAGAAUAUCACAUGGGCAUCAGAGUCAGAUCACAGUUUAUACAAGCUGAGAAAGGUUCGCCUUUUUCAGGGUCAUUACUUUGUCAUCUUAGUUCAUGCUGAGCUGUCAGGAACGACUCAGACCCAAAACUUAUUCCUCCGCUCACAACCACUACUGUUAUCACUCCGGCUGGGAAAAGAUUAAAGCUUUCUGCACGACCGUGAGUAUGCCAGGUACUUGAGUCAGGAGAUUUGCAGGGAAACCUACCGCACAGCUUCAGACAGAUUCCACAGAAUAGCUACUUUUGAUCAGAGGAGUGCUCAUUUGAGCCGCGAAAACGACCGCCUUGAGGGUUAUUCUUUUCUUUAAGUGCUUUUUAGAAGUGGUAGGUGGUUGGCCAUGUAAUGAAAAAAGUGCUACAUCCAUGAAGAGCAGGUGAAUGUUUACUUGUCAGUGGUUAAGAUAAGCUGUAAUGAUUUUACAUUCUGUCAGCAGGAGUGUGUAAUGCCUCACAGUGCAGCAGCAUCACCUCCUCGCAGUGAAUGGAUGCUUAAGAAACACUGAAGACAGCUGACAAUCUGUUGUUGCUGAAGCAGUCUUCACUGAGUGUCAGCAGAGACGCACCUCUUGAACUCGACUGUUUUAUUUGUCUCAUACUUCUCUGGAUUUCUAGAUGAAAAGGCAGAUUGUUUUGCCGUCAGAUUCCCACAGACCAUCUGCUGUCGGCUUAAACUACGUGGGCAACGGUGUAACCUUUUACUAGCAUCACCCAGGCCCAGUGAAAACACGCCUUUCCUGUGUGGUAAGGUGGAAGUGUUAACAGAAAUAUCGCAAGACAAAGUUACAUCAAGUCAAAUGCAGGAAAUUGCAAGCCUCUGACACAGCCCCUGAUGUGCAAGUUUUGUUUUUUUGUUUCAUGAAGUUUGUUCCCCCUGCACUCAAACUUGCUGUGAUUUUAUUAAAUGUGAUAAAACCUGAAGUUAAAAAGUAAGUUUCCCUUCCAAAGUUGCGAAAACUUAGUCAACUCACAUUUUGUUCAUGGGAUAAUCUGCUUUUAUAUUUUGAAUUGCAUUAUUCAACAACGGAUUAAUAACAGCAUCAUCACAAAGAGCCGAAUUAUCUCCUCUUCGAAUCAAACCGAACUAAACGGAGAAAAGAAAAAAACAGCUUAAGCUUUUAAGGCUUUAGUUAAAUGUGAUUUGCCGAACCAAACCUUUGAGCUUUUUAAGUGGAAACAAAAGUAGCUGCUAAGUCACAUUGUGCGAGUGACACUGCCUAUUAAGCGGCAUUUGUUCGAUCCUCAAACAAAAGAUCUGUAAAAUCUGUAAAAGUAAAGUCCUCAAAGUGUGAACUCUCACUUCUUAUCAUAAAGCUGUCUCAGCAGAAAUGCUUCUAUUUGCACAAGACGCCAAAUAUGGACUUAACAGGAGCAAGCUUACAUCGGACUUUAGAAAGAAUAACAAAACUUGUAAAUCUACUGCUUAAGAGCAUCUUAUUUGCCAACUUAAUUAAUCAGACCCACUUUAAUCCUCUCUCAUCAGGUUUUAAUUAGAUCGCAGUUGGACAUAACACUCUUUAAGAUCAUGUAAAAAAAUAUGACAGAUGUUUCGGGCCAUUUAUCAUCUUUUAAUUAUUGUACAUUAAAACAUAAAUAUCAUAUAAGUAGGCCUGUCGCGGUAAUCAAUAAAUCGCCUUAUCGGUCGGUAAAUAAAAACGAGGUCGGUCAUUUUGCCAGCCUCGAUAAGUAACGUGCGUUUGUUUUCCUCCUCUCUCGCUACCAAACACGCUGGAUGAGAGAAGAGGUCUCACUCUGCGCAUUUUUCUCGGCACCUGGGGGCGUUGGCUCUAUAGCGGAAUGAACGGAGUUAGUGAACCCUCCUGUCAGUCAUUCAGUGUCUUUGUCACGGGGGGGCGCGCGCACAGGUACACGUAGGCGCGCACAGGCACACAGACACAGACUUUUGGAUACAGUGCUGCAAGUGAGCGUUGUGAGUGAAAAGCAAGCAAACAGAAUGAACACGACAGCUUUGGUGUCUAAACCGAACGCAACAGCCCAAGUGUGGGAAUAUUUCGGCUUUAAACCAGUUUUGUUUUCGUCAACCACAAAACUCCACGUGUUUGCGCGCACGCGUGUGUGUCUGUGUGUUGGAGGAGCACAGCAGGCUGAUGAGAGCUGUCAGAGCGGACCUAAGCUGCUCCUAUAAGUUUAGCGUUUAACUGACUGAGUUUUGCAACUCUGUUCGUCAUUUUCGUGUCGUCCCAUCAACGUAAACGCACUUUCGUCUCGUCACAUUUUAGUCAUCUCCGACUUAUGUUUAGCUCGUCAACGUUACGUCUUCGUCGUGGGUGAAAUUAAAGUUUAUCACUUUUGACACGGUGUACUCGCAUUAUUAUGCCAUUUAAUAUCAUUAUCUAUAAUUUAAAAAACGGUGUCAAUAAUAUCGUUUAUCGGCGAUAAUUUGUAGCACAAUUAUCGUCCAGCAAAAUUUGUUAUCGUGACAGGCCUACAUAUAAGUGACAAAACAAUGGUUUAUAGUUUUACUGAGUGACUUAGCUGUUUUUUUCCUUUUCCCCUGCAGACAGCUGCUUGAUACUGACAUGACAGAGAUGUGUUCGGGCGUGUGAGCACCAUAUGAGGCGGCUUAAGGGCAAUAGUGAGUCUUUCCCCUGAGAGAAAACUUACUACUGAAGAGAUCCUGUUGUUCAUUGACUAGAAAAGACAGGAUGAGAUUUUGGAAACAUGCUGCAAUGUUAGGAAAGGUGUCAGAAAUGACAGAAACAUAUUCAUAUUCCGCCUUUAACUUACAAUAUAUCAAAUUCAAGUCAUUUUUUACAGGUGUUGGAUUUAAGUAUACUUAUUUUAUCCUCUGUGAAGGUUUUUUAAAUUAGAAACUUAUGGAUUUACAGUACGAGUGUGAUUUUUUUGUAAAGCUGCUUCAAAGAAAAAAGCGGUAUCAUAGCGAGAACAUGUCAGACUGUAAACUCUAACUUCACCCUUUAGGUCACCACAAUGUCUCUGAAUCUGAAAAGAGUGAAAGAGAGUAAAGGGCGGCAGGAUGCAGGUUGAAGCAGACUGUCUGCUGCUUUGAUACUCAGUGCCACAGAGAUGACUGUCUGAAGGACCUGUCAGAGCGGAGACUGAUCUCAGAUCUUUUCCUUUUCUUCUGGUGCAUUCAUUUAUCAAGCAACAUUUGCCUUUGACCUCCCUAAGCAUUGAAUACAGUAUAAAGCUCCCUUUCAAACAGGGCAGGCUAAAUAAUACUGUAGGGAGGUCCUGCCAAUACACAGUUUUAGUUUAAGUCCUCACUUAAUUAAACAGGGAUGAACAAUAUGAGAAUUUUCGGAUAUCCAACACAGCGGUAUUUGCAGACUUUGGCUGUUACUCAUAUACUGUAUGCUCACGUUGCAAAGCAGCACGGGUGAGGCAUAGCAGAGUGACGCUCCAAUAUAUCAUUAGCCCACAGAAGUCUGUAUCUUCCGCCAUGCAGAAAGGCUGUUAAAUUAAAGCGAUGAAUUCAGUGAUUUUUCAUUUGUUAAGCUUUGGGCGGCUGCUGCUUUAUCUCUACGCUGUGUUGAAUAACUGAAGUAGAAGCUGCUGAUGGAUUUUUACUGGCACCAGUGCUUACUGUGUUUACUCCUGAAAGCUUUGUAAAUAGAUAGUUUGCUUUCAACACUUCAUACUGAGGCUUGUUUUGGCCGCAUGUCAAAUCAUCACUUCAUAAACAUAGUUAGUGCAUCACCUUAGUUAUGUUUUGAUACCUGUAAUUAACAUCUAUAAUUAACUUUUUAAGCUUAAAGGUCCUUACACACCAGGGACUGUUUUUGUCGUGCGAUUAUUUCGGACAUCAAUAUUUUUUUUCGAACCCGUAUCCUGUCAAUACAAGCGUUCACAUCAGCGAAGUUUUCCCAUCCUGCGAUAUUGCGGCAUUUAUUUUUUCGGAUCACGGUCAAUUUUUUAAGGUUUUGCAUACCGUGUGUCCACUUCUGACCAAUCAGAUUGCGCGUUGUUUCGAUGUCUGAUUCACCGGUAUAUCCAACAUAUCAGACCGGCUGAUUAUUUACGUGUCGGAAACAGAGUACGUUUUGAUAGAAGAUACAAAUAUUACAAAGAUAACGACCUGAAGGACAAGUUGUGGAGAGUCAUAGCAUCGGAUUGCUUGAGCAUGUGAUGACGUUUCCAGCUUUUCUAGCCAAUCAGAGGCGAAGGAGGUGGGACUUUCCCCUGGAAAAGUCUUCCCCGGGAUGCGUCUUUUCCCCCCAGAAAGUUGCAAAAUCGCAUCGAGCUUGAUGCGUAUAGUCAGGCGCGUCAAAAUUCACCUCCGGAUAUUUCGUGAUUUCGCGUUCUAUAUUCACGUCGGCCCCGGUGUGUAAGGACCUUGAAUCUGGUAGUUCACAUCUUUUAAACCAUUUUUUACUAAACAGCGAGUUGAAAGAACAAAAUGGAGUCCUGUCCCUUUAAGGCUUUGUAAAAACUUAAUAAAAAUUUGUUUUAUCAGCGAAUCUGUGAUGAUUGGAUCAGUUCCUGUUUUACCACUUCUGUGUCUGCAAGAGGUUUCUCAAAAAGUCUGGGCGUAGAAACCUUGUAGCAACCCUGCAGACGAGGGUAAAAAUGAGUCAAACAGGACUGAUCCAGUUCCCAAAACUGGUUGCAAAAAAAGAAAAUUUAAACCAGCUAUUAGAAAAGUGAACAAUACAAAAAAUAUAUAAAACCUGUUCUUAAAAUAUUUGGCAUAACUCAUAGCUUUAAUAAACUAAAGUUUUCAUGCUCAGACUUUAUAUGGCCUCUCAAAAUAGCCCGCAGUCUUUCAUCAAUGAGGGUAGGGGGUCACUCUCAUUAAGGCUAGCUUGUGAUUUUGCAUUUGUUAAAGUGUGAGCUCAAUCUCACCACAUUCGGGGCUUUGUUGGAUUAUUAAACGGUCGUUCAGCAGAGCACUCGAAGGCUGCUUUCCAAUAACAAUUCUGUUCAAAUCAGUUAUGAAUGGUCGAGGAGUAACUGUAGACUGCACUAAUCCCUGUAUUAUAGUAGCCGUGGCCCUCUGUGGUGAUAUGUUUUAUACAUUUUCUAUGGUUGUCACAGUGCCCGCUUUUUGAAACCCCUUACCCGUAAGCACAGCUUCAGAAAACCUUUUGUUAUGAAAGUGGAAUUUUCUACCAGCUUCGAGUGAAAAAGAGUCAAAAUCACUUUGAAUUAAACACGUCUGUUUUCUUUGAUAUUUUUCCAGAGUGCCUGUUUCAGAAGAGUUGGAAACCCCCCUCAAACCAUAGCAUCAGGACUGGGGGCAAAACAGUAUCGCGGUGAGUUCACAAGCUGCAGCAUUUUUUCGCUGGACAAUAACAGAAUUAUGAGUGGUCAACUCCGGUACAGUCAAAGGGAUUCUUUGUUCUGGCGUAAACAUCAGUUUUGAGGAACGUUUGAAUGUUCAUCGGUGUACUGAAAACCAACUGAGAAGAGAACUGAACGUUUUACAUCAAUAUAGAUAAAACAGAUCAUGAGUGGUUGGUUAUUUCUUUGGUCAGGCCUGAAUGCAGCAAUUUAACGCUGACAGAUCAAUUUCCUCUGCAAGGUUCCCAAUUAAGGAUGCUUUUAUUGGGCAAACACUGUACGCAUCUAUACAGAAAAAAAAGAGAACUUACGAAUGAAUAAAACGCACUUGGUUCAAUGGACUGUUCAAGAAAAUAGUGCUUUACAAAGACACCUGGACCGAUCCUGAUUUUUACUCUUUUGAUGCUUGAAGUAGGAGUAAGAGAAAAUAACCCUUGUGACAAGGUGAUAGAGCAGCAUAGCAAUGCUCAUUAUAGUGUAGUCAUGCAUUUAAAGUAAAUGGUGGUAUUGGGUUAAUUUAUCUUGGAAAAAUUUGAGACAAGUGUCUUGUUGAGAUGGGUAGCACAGGUCUCCACAGAUCAGUAUUGAGUCUGUCUGUGCCUCACAACCAUCAGCGAUACUGUAGGCUUGGCUGAACUGCCAUUUAAGCCGCUGGGAGGUUGGCAAAAACAAAUAUUAGAAAGAGCUACACAUCUGCAUAGAAACUGCACAUUGCUGAAUGCAGUGUAAGUAUUUACUCAGAAACGCAGUUACUUUUCUAUAGGAUAUAAAAAAAGACUUGUGGAUUUAAUGGCAUGUCUUGCUGCUCUCUCACUUUGGUGAAAAAAACAAACUCUGCUCUCUUAUAAAAAUUACUAUUAAGAAGACGCGUCAUCAGUUAGCUUAAGUUCUCAGUUGAAAGGCAUGCAUAAACAGAAAAGUAACAUUAUACUGACAUUAACAGCGUUGAUGUCAAAUUUCUCAGAGUUAACCUUUGUUCGAUCACGUUUUUUAAUCACACAGACAUCUCUGCUUGUAAAACUAUCACUGAAUCUGCUUGUAAAACUAUCACUGAAUCCUGUGAUCAGCUGUGGACCAAUCUUUACAACACAGGCUUUAACAGAGAGCAUAAAACUCACCACAAAGUGAAAGUAUCCCACAGAUACUUUUGGAAGUUGAAAUCUCCAAAUAAAAUAAAAUCAGUAUGGGAUGAAAUAGGAUUUGAUGAAUGAAUCUGUUGUGAAUCCUUUCCUUUUUUAGUUUUAAUAACCCACAUUCAAACUUUAUGAAAUAAAGUUUGCUUUGUUCCUGUUCCCCUCAAAGGCCAAGCACAACAAAGACUGUAAUCAGGAAAACACAGCAGGCUCUGUUACUGCUCAGAGGGUGUGCUCUUAAAAGUAGGUCCUGGUUUUGCCUCAACCUAUCUGCUGUGAGGUUCAUAGGUCACUGCUGUCUCAUGUUUAUAAACAGCGUCUUGUCGACAGCCGUGAAGUAGGCUUGUAACCACACUUAUCGGCUGCAGCCUUCAUUCGGAGCCCUGUCCUUGUCUCCUCGGCCAAAUUACAUUUCACACACCAUUAAAUCGAGGGCUCACGUUGGUAAGUAGUUUUCUGUGUAGUUUCUUAAGGUAGUUAUGGCUAUGAGAGGAGCCAGUGGGUAGUUAUUGACUUGACUUGACAUUGCUUUCAAGGGUUUCAUUGACUUUUACAGGAUUGAAUUGCACCACGUGGCUGAUCAGAUCAGAUCAACUGGAAGAGUCACUGUGAAAUCAGAUCUUGUCUUCUUUUGUGCGCUAAUGGUUGAUUAAAAUUAAAAUCUUUCACUACAUUACAUUAAUUGCAGUAUUAGUAACAUGUUGUAGAUGCUUCAUUGUAAAAGUCACUGAUCUUGUUAAAUGGGGAAAAGGACGUCAAUAGAAUCUCGCUGAUAAGCCGCUGAUGUUGUCUUUGAGUUGAUUAACGCUUUGAAGAAUAGACAAUGGCUCUGUUCUUGUCAAGUUAUUAUCUAAGAACUUGGAGAAAGGUUAACUUCGUAGUUUUGCAUUCAAAUGGUUUAUUUUAGAUGUAGAUGGUUGCUUUUUCAGACUAAGUAACUGCAGUCCAUUGUUAGUGCGAUUAUCAAUAUGUAGAGUUUUAAAAGUGGACUCUUGAGUAAUGUUAUCUCGGUGAUCUUUGACUUAUUUUGUGUAUCUUUUCUUCUCAGUUUUUGUUUUGCAAUUCUUUUCUUCUUGGGGGUAUCCAGAAAAAAAAAAAUCAAUGUAGUUAUUCUGUGAUCUUUUGUUGUUGUUGUUGUUGUUGUUGUUCCUACAAGCCCGGCAAUGUGCAAUCUGUUGUUUCCAUUCUGACAACUGUGCAGAGGAUCCAUUACCCGCUUUAUUUUUAACAUUUAACCCAGUAUGUGUUGCCUCAGCUAGACUUAUCUAUUCCCUCAAGAUGUUCAUGCUGUAAAUACAAACUUUGCUAACAAGCCGGCUGCUAAAAGGCUGUGUGUGUUCUCUGUUUGUUUGGUUUCUGCUGUGUGCCAUUGUACCAUUAUCAAUCCAUUCCUCAUCUGACCUCUCUUUACUCCUCCACAACCCCGAGAACCGCCCCCUUCCUUUACGCAUCGACCACCCACCGGCUCCACAAGAGAUCUUAUGAGGAUCAUUUGACUGAAAUGAUAUUGCUGCUUCAGGGUUUUCAGAGCAGGGGGGGAAAACAGGCAAUCUGUUGGCUGAUUUUCAGUCGAGUGUUUAUUGUUCUCCAGAAAGUCUCUGAUUCAGUCUGAUCUGUUGUGUUACACUAAAAGUUGCAGUUCAGGUGGUUAAAGUGCUCUGUUGACAUGUGAUCUGCAGGCCUGUUAUACUAAUUUGUGUGAUCUCAUGCCUGAGCCAUUGCUGACAUUGUUAUUUAAACUGAGAGACAGAAGUGUGUUUGGGAUAGUUUCAUCUGGUAACAGUAAAAUAGCUUUUUAUCACUGAUUUCUUUUUUUAAUUUUCUUUUUUAUUAAUUUUACAUAUCAAUAUUCCAUCGAUAUUUUACAUAUAUGAACAAAUUUUAACAUAAUAAACAUACGAACAAUGAAAAAGUUUGUAGCCUGAACCAAGGGUAUCAAUAAUCUACAAUACUCAAUGUCUUUACUGCACAAAGUCUGCUCUCAAUUGAGAUACAAAAUCAACCCAGUUUUUCCAGUAAUUUUUUUUAAAGUAUCUGUUUUUAGUCUUUCUCCAUUCUCUAUAUAUCAAUCAUUACCUCUACCCAAUCCUCUAUUUUUGGUGCAUCUGUUUGAAGCCAAUUUCUAGUGAUGGGCUUUUUAGCCGCCACCAACAUUAUUUGAAAUAUGUAUUUUUCUCCUGAUGUUGUUAUCUCCUGGUUCUCUUUUCCCAAAUAUAAAAAUUUAAAUGUAAGUGGAAGUUGUAUUAUAGGGUAUAAUACCAGAGCAUUCCCCAAAAUAUGAAAAUGAUUGGCCUUAUUCUCCCCACAAAGUCUCCAACAUCGUGUGUCUUGAUAUUUCUGUUGUACCGGUGUAAUAAAGUAUCUUAAAAUAUUCUUCCAACCAUAUUCUAUCCAUGAUUUUAUCACUGAUUUCACACAAAAAUCUGUAAAGAAUAUUUAAAUUAUUCAUGAUUAUUUGGAAAUAAAAUUACAAAGAAGUUAAGCUCAUAUUGAGACAUUUUUCCAAACACUCAUGUUGUCCUAUUUUUGUCCCUAGAUCAAAACUGUCAUGGCUAAACCUCUAAGAUAAAGCAGCCGAAUGAAUUUUAAACUCCAAUAAUAUAUUUUUAGUAAACAAAUAACUCUGAGUUUAUCUAGGUAAAGAAAUUUAAAGGAGCAGCUGUUCAGAAUGAACUAAGUAAGUAUUUUUCCCACACUCAGAGCCCUUAAAACUUGGCAUAACUUGCAGCUUUAUAUUAUAAUUCCUUGAUCUCGACAUGAAAUUGGUGAUUGUUUGAGAUGUUAGUGAAAUUGUCCACCUGAACAUUGAGCAUUUCUGUCAGGCAGAGCUCAGUAAUCCUCUUCCAGUCUGCCCUUGACAGCUUGUGUGUGUCGGACGUCAGUCCUCCUACUGACUGAGCUUUACUGUUGUUUUAAGCUCCUGUUCUUCACUUAUAUGCCAGUAGCAAUUAGCCCAGAUACUCACAAAUGCACCAGCUUUCCUUUACACCUGCCUUUUUCCUGUUCUCCAUAAGCAGCAAAAGCCAGACUAGUCUCUUACUCUGGGGAUGAUUUGAAAUGUAUAGAUAGAUAUGCUUUAAAAAUGUUUUUACAAAUUCUGAUCAUGUGACUUCUCUGUUUUGACAGGGGACCAGAAGUAA